AUGAAGAAACCAGGCUUAAAAGCCGGUUAUGGCCAACAAGUCUUCGAUAGAAUGUCUAAUCUCGAAGGAUCAUUCAAAAAGGCCACGGCAAACUCGAAAGAAGAAAUAGAGCUUUUGAAGAAGAGACUCAGUUUAUUCGAGGAGAAGCUCAAUAGCAUUGAUUCUAACAAUGUGAUCAGAAAUGGACCAUAUCAGGGGGGGUUAGGGUCAGGACUGAAUUCGUUGCUGAACCCAGUGCUGAAUGCAGCACAUUCAUCAGAAUCCAGCACUGAAUUCAAUACAUUUCAAGAUAAUAUAAAUGGCACCAUGUUGCCAUCCAUUGGUCAAAUUAAGAUGUUGAUAGAUAUAUACUUUGAAAAAGUGAACCCCAUGUUUCCAAUUCUAUGCCCCACCAAUACAAUUCCUAAAUUAUUAGAAUCUAGUAAAACCACAACCACACCGCUUUUGUUGGGAGUCAUAUUAUGUGCCUUGCGAUUUGCAGGCUCUUUUAUGUUAAAAGAAGAAGUUAAAAAGUAUCAUAGCUAUUGUAAGGGUCAAAUUAUUUCUACAUGUAUUGGUAUGAGUAACAUUGAACAAUUACAAUCCAUGACGCUAUUAGCAUUCGACCUAUUUGGAAAAUCAAAUAACCCUGAGACAUGGAGUUUUAUAUCAUUAAUAUCCUCAGGGGUGGUCCACUUGAAUUUGACGAAGGAAAAAAGACAAACCCAACAGAUAAUAAUACCAAGUCCUGACCAAGAAGAUAAUAAUAAACAAUUAGGAUCUAGAAAGCGUGCUAUCAAAAAUGUCAAAUUGUUGAAGUCACCCAUUGAUUGGUUCGAAGAAGAAUCUCGAAGACGUCUAUUUUGGGAAAUUUAUAUUUUAGAUAAAUUAUCGAGUGUUUCGAAUUCAUUCCCUUUUAAAAUCCCGGAGUCUGAAAUUGACUGUUUACUACCUGUUGGAUAUAACUCAUGGAUAGCCGACCAUAACCAUAGGAACGAUACAACAAUACGCAACUCCCAACACAGAAUUUUGAAUGAUAGUAUCAUCAAUGCAAAUAUGCAGAAUGACUUGUUUUUUGACAAUAAUAUUUAUGAUUCGGCUUGCUUUUUAAUUGAGUUAAUCCAUAUUUUGGGUAAAAUACAUACAUUCAUGAGGCACCCAAUAGAUAUUCAAAGCUUAAAAGAUGUUUUAAAUUGGCAAAUGAAGUUUUCCGAAAUUGAUAACGAAAUUCAGAAUUGGAGGAAGACUGUGCCCAAGAAUUACCUUAACUUAUUAGAUAAUGAUACGUUUGAUAGACCAUUAACAAUUAAGGAUGUCUUAUUCCAUGCCUUAUAUCAUGCGACGAUUAUUAGAUUAAAUUCCGCUGCUGGAUUUCCAUACUUUCAUUCUAACUAUUUUUUAUCUUCUGAAGAAGCAAGGUUGAAAAGUUUACAGUCAGCUAAUCAUAUUUUGAAUUUAUCGAGGAAAUUACCACAAAGUUUUAACAAUGACGAAGCCAUCUACGAACUAUGUGGUCCGCAAUACGCGUUUGCUGUUUGGGUGACUGCAAGACUAAUUUUGGUCAAUGCCAUUCAUUAUGGGAAUAGUUUGCCGCAGGAACUAGAUUACUUGAUUAAUUUAUUAUCGAAUAUUGGUGGAAUAUGGGAAAGUUCGAUGAAAUAUUCUGAAAUCUUAAGCUUUUUAAAAAUGGAUGAAUUUGAGUCUACCGUAAAUGAUUUAAAUUUCAUGACACUGAUUGAAACAUAUCAUUCGGUUGGUAACUAUGAUGGAGCUAAUGAUGACGGUGAUGACGAUGAUGACGAAGAAAGUGAUCCUAAUGAGCCGAAAACGCAAGGUCAACGUCUUUCCAAGAGUGCAAGAAUAAUAUCAGAUAUGAGACUUAAUGCUUAUAUUGUGGACGUUAUACUAUCGAAGAAAAUAGAAAAGUUUAAACAAAAUGAAAAUAAAGUGUCAACUAAUUCACCUAAUAAUCAAAACGAUUUCUCUAAUAUUUUUGAAUGGUUCAAAUUACCUAUCGCUCACGAGUUUAACGUCCCUUUUAUGACCAAUAAUGAAAAAGAUACGUAUAUAGAAGCAUCUCAGCAAUAG